AUUUCUUGCCUUUCCACCUACCGUUCUUUUUCUUUCCAAUACAAUUCCAUUUUCUCCUUCUUCCACACGACUCAAUUUCCUCAUUUAAAUUCUAAAGUUGACAGAAAACAGAGUUACAAUAAUAUAGAAGAGAAUCCAGAAAACCCUUUCAUCGUCCAUUUCAGUUUCAGGUCAGUACAUUUCUUGGAGUUGAUAUCUGUUUUUUUGUCAAUACAGAAACUGGUGUUUGGUAUAGUUGGCUCGUAGAGAGGUGUUUGGACUUUGGGAGGGUUGAGGAUGGCAUCUGUUUCUGGGUCUAAAGGUGGGGUGGUUGAUGAAACAUCUCCUGACUUGUUGAAGAACACACCGUCGAAUAUUAGAAGGUUAGCAGAUGAAAUUGAGCACUUAGAGGGUAGGCAAAAGUACCUUGCUCAGACUACAAGUCCCUCAGAUGGUGGUGAUGUUCGUUGGUAUUUCUGCAAGUUGCCUUUGGCUGUAAAUCAGCCAGCUGCAGCAGUCCCUCAGGCAGACAUAGUGGGGAAGGGUGAUUACUUCAGAUUUGGCAUGAGAGAUUCUCUUGCAGUUGAAGCUUCAUUCUUGCAGAGAGAGGAUGAGUUACUUUCUUGUUGGUGGAAAGAGUAUGCAGAGUGCAGUGAGGGCCCAAAGGGGGCAUCAGAUUUACUCAGUCCUGCAUCAGAAAAAUCUUCUUCGGAGAGCUCUCAAUUGGGUGAAGAGUAUUCAGUUGAAGAAGAAAGAGUUGGGGUCCCCGUUAAGGGUGGCCUCUAUGAGGUAGAUUUGGUAAAGAGACAUUGUUUUCCUGUUUACUGGACCGGAGAAAAUCGUCGUGUCUUAAGAGGUCACUGGUUUGCUCGUAAAGGGGGUCUGGAUUGGCUUCCACUGCGUGAAGAUGUUGCUGAACAGUUGGAGUUUGCAUAUCGCAGUAAGGUUUGGCAUAGAAGAAGCUUUCAGCCAUCUGGGCUCUAUGCAGCUCGGAUCGAUAUGCAGGGCUUCACCCCAGGACUGCAUGCUAUUUUCACUGGAGAAGAUGAUACUUGGGAAGCCUGGCUAAAUGCUGAUGCGUCUGGUUUCUCUAGUGCUAUGGGAUUUGGGGGGAAUGGCGUUAAGUUAAGGCGUGGAUAUGCUCCUCCUCAGUCAUCAAAACCAACACAGGACGAAUUACGUCAACAAAAGGAGGAAGAAAUGGAUGAUUACUGCUCACAGGUCCCUGUUCGACAUCUGGUGUUCAUGGUUCAUGGUAUUGGUCAAAGGUUGGAAAAAUCAAAUCUUGUGGAUGAUGUUAGUGACUUUCGUCAUAUCACGUCAAUCCUUGCUGAACGACAUUUAACCCCGUACCAACGUGGCACUCAGAGAGUCCUCUUUAUCCCAUGCCAGUGGAGAAAGGGCUUAAAGCUUAGUGGUGAGACCACAGUUGAAAAAAUUACUUUAGAUGGUGUGCGAGGAUUGCGUGAGGUGUUGAGUGCAACAGUGCAUGAUGUGCUGUAUUACAUGAGCCCCAUUUACUGCCAGGCGAUUAUUGACUCGGUACUUCAAAUUUGAUUUUUCCUGUUCAAGUUUUCUCCCACUGUCCUUUCUUCUUCCUGAUGUUGCUUUGCUCUUUUGUUUGAUUUGCUGCCUGUUUUCUUCUUUUCAAACCGGUGUUGUCUUCCUUAAAUCCUAUCCUAAUAACAACUUAACUGGAAAAAAGAAAAAAAAAAUUCGCCGUAAUAACACUAUUUACACUAGGCAGUUGUUCACUUCCUGGCUGUUGAUAUGUGAAUCAACUGGUUCAUAUAACCUACUGCUUUCCUAUUAAUUGUAAAAUGUUAGGAAAAUAACUGUGUACUCUUAUGGUCUUAUAUUUGUUAAAUUUUCAGAAGAUGGGUAAAUUAAUAUAACGGAAAAGGGUCAUAUUUGUCCCUGUACUAUCGAAAAUAAGCUCCAUCUACCCUCCGUUUCAGUUUCUUAGUAUAACUACUCCUACCGUCAUACUUUUAGACCAUAGUUACCCCUCACCUGUUAGAUCCUUCAUCCCAACCUAAAAAAUACACGUGGCUAAUCCUGGUUGGAUAAAAGAAUCCGCCUCAUUUAUAAUCAAACCCACCCUGAACGGAAAUAUCUGAUCAUAGGUAUCCCUAUACGUUCGUUCAUUUAAUAAAAUUUUAUGCCUUUUUAAGAAAAAGGGAAUCCUAUCACGACCCGGAAUUCCCAUCGUCGGGACCGUGAUGACGCCUAACAUUCCACU